AUGGCGGCAUUACUUGCUUCACGGUCACUUCAUCAUUCGAACGAAUCAAAGCAGUUUGAAAUACCUGUUGGAGCAACGUCUCAACAUUCCUAUUCAACAACAGUGGGCAAAGACAAUUUAGCUGCUGAUGCUCUGUCUCGUGUUGAGGGUUCAGAAGUGUUGAGUAUGGCCUUAUCAGUAAUGGAUUAUGACCUUAUGAAGAUGAUACAAGUGAGUUAUGGGAAGGAUCUUCAAGUGAAAGAAGUGAUUGAGUCCUUGAAGAAAAAACCUGAUGCAAAACGGCAUUUUACUUGGUCUCAAGGAGUUUUGCGACAGAAGAGUAAGCUGGUGAUUCCUAUGGAUGUUGAGUUGAAGGAUACCAUUCUGAGAUGGUUACAUGAGUCUGGUAGUGGAGGGCAUUCAGGUAGAGACGCAACACAUCAGCGUGUGAAAAGCUUGUUUUACUGGAAGGGUAUGAGUAAAGACAUUCAGCAUUUCAUUCGGAGUGCAGAGUUUGUCAGCAGUGUAAGCAUGAAACUGUCGCGUCACCAGGUCUUCUCCAACCUUUGA